AUGAGACAUUUCAAUCCCCCAUCAUGCAAUGCUCCUGGCAAAGCCAAAUGGCAUGCCCCCAUUUCACACACACUCACUCACACACAAGGCACACAAACACAUUCACAUACACAUACAGUCACCCUAACUAAAGCAGACAUGACUGAGCCGUCCAGGAGUAUCUUUUACCUUCCUAUCAUUUACUUGUGGACAGGAGGGGUAGAGGGUAACGUGCUGGCCUCUCUGGGCCCUCCGGUGCACCUGUCCGGGGAAAGGCUUGGCUGGACCCUGCUGGUGUGCAUGGUGAGCGACUUCAGGAGGGGGCACCUGGAGGUCAGCUGGAGAUCGGCGUCGGAGGGCUACGUGUCCAGCGUACCUUACAGGCACCACGUAAGCAGGAAGCACCGCGGCCAAAAUGCUGUGGCAAUAAUCACCGUGGCAACCAGGGACUGGCCAUCGUACGGCUGCUCCGUAGGCCGCAGGCAACGCGCAAAGGUCAAGGGGCGACGCCACACCACCUCAUCAGGCAAUGAAGACAAGAUGUGCCACGAAGUUGAAGAAACGGGGGAUAUUCGUGUGAGGACAAACGCUGUGGUUGUACUGGCUUUGAGGCUGAUUCUCAUAAAGAUCCUCGCCUAUAACACUCUGAUGACCAUUUAUGUUGUUAUUAAGUGAUGCUGAAAAUGGAGAGUGGCUGAUACACAAUGUGACCUUGAAAAGAAAACCCGGAGCGGGGAGCUCCUUCUUCUCUGAAGUCUCAGCAAAGAGGAUUUUGCACUCGUGUAUGUUCUUGUCCUUCAUGAAGACAGCUUCACAGCGAGCUUUAUUUUUGGAAAAGCCGUGCGAAUUAAAUGGGAAAUGAUCCGCUGUCAGGAUCACAGGAGUUUUGCUGUUACGCUACACAUCUUCCCUCGCGCCUUUUUCAGCCUUUUCACAUUGCCAUCACAGGUGUUGUCGACUGUGGCAGUUGAAAACAGAUCCGUGUUUGUGAGGCCAAACCUGGUAUCUGAUUGAAGCCUAACCUCAGACAGAUGGCUUAAUGUUUCUCCUCUAGCUUAUGUGUGUGUGCUUUUGUGAGAAGGUAUGUGUCUCUUUUAUUUAAUACUGAAGGAAUAAGUUGGUGCAUUUACCCAUUAAAAUGAUUUCACGUCGUUUUAAACUCUUACAUAUGUAAAAUAAAAGAACAGAAAGUGAGCGUGGAUUGUUUUUACUUUAUUGUUUUUUAAAUAAAACGCUGGCACACAAUUUGUUUCCUCCAUUUCUUUUUUUUUUUCUUUUUUUGAGCGCUUUGAGUAACACACUGACAGAGCAACAAAGCACCACUAGGUGGCAGUACAAUCACAUCUGAUUUUUUUUUUUUUUUUUUUUUUUUAAUUAUUAUCCAACAGCAAGAAUAUGGAGCUUAACUUCCUCUACAGGACAUUACGUUCAUAAAUAAGUUAAGUAUUUCAACAUUGACCAGUCACUCUUCACCAAACCGACACUCACACGUGAUGUAAGAGAUCACAAUGCAGAACAAAA